CUUCCCACCACUCGCCCAAUCUCAACACGCGUCCGCCCUUCCUAUCAUGCGAUGGCGACUCCUUGUCGUGGGCGACUUCUGCCUUUCCGUCCGAAGUUGGAUUUGGCCCUCCGAUGCUCCAGCAGACAUCCCCUUUGAGCGCAGUCGCCUCUUCAACGAGAUUGACUUUACGGAGCGCUUUGCGAACUACGAGAAGGCGGAUACCUGGUUUCCCACCUGGGCUGCGGAUGAUAACUUGUACUCGCCCUGGACGGAUGGCAGUGUGCAGGAGCUGCGCUCCAGUAGCGCGUGCCGCGCGGAUGGCUGCCUCUCCACCACGGGCUUUGCGACCAUCGUGGGGGAUGAUCCGCUGAAUCUCAGCAUCCAGAAGGUCGGCGUGACGAAGGCCUCCCCCUCGCCCUAUCAUGGAAGGUACCCCUGUGGCUCCUUGCAUGUCGAUGGCGUUUGGUUUUAUGGCACCUAUGCCCUGGACAAUGAGAACCAUCAGCCUGGGCAAGAUGCAGCAGGAUACUGCGGGAAUUGGUGCAUUCAGGGCCCCUUCAUCGGCUUCAGAUGGAGCAAGGAUCAUGGCCAGACCUGGCACGAGCCCAGGACCUUCCUGCGAGGCUGGAACGACACGGUCUUUGGAGAGAGCGCACCCUCCAACCACAGCAAGGUGAAGUUUGGAGCACCGCAUGUGGUGGAUUUGGGGAAAGCCUUACAGUAUCGACCCGUUGGGGAUGAAGAGAAGAUGAUGUAUGUGAUCGGGCACGGGGCGUCGUCGCGCUUCUCGCCCACGUCCUGGAUGCAGGGUUCGGAAAUCUAUUUGGCCAGAGUGAAGCCUGAGAUCGCCUUGGUGAACGAGAAGUCCGCAUGGGAGUUCUACGGCGAUGGCACCUGGCAUCGGGGCGACGUGGCGGCGGCGAAAGCCUUGAUCUCCUGGGGCAAUCGCACGGGCGUAACCACCAUGACCUACAUUGAGAAAGUCAAGAGAUACUUUGUGUGUGUUUCGACACCGAGCUACAGUCCAUUCACGGAGCGGCAAUUUGAUACAUACCUGCUGGAAAGUGAGCACAUCACGGGGCCCUUCAGAUAUAUUAGCUACUUGAGGGAGUUUGGGCCAGAGGCCUACUUCGUGAACAUUCCCAGCAAAUUUGUGGGUGACUUUGAUCCUAAGGAGGGAACGUUGCGCCUUUUCCUCUCUUAUUCGGCAAAUUUUGCUUACAAGAAGACCUCCCCGAAACCACCUGGCAGCGGCUACCACUGGACCUUACAAGAAGUGAUCCUAAGAAGGUCUGCCACCUGGAGCACCGUCGUUUGAAGCACCGAACACGAAAAGGGACCGCCGCGGGGGAGCCGGGCUUGCGCGGGGAGCCGCGUCGACCGGCCUGAGAGGAGGACGACUCUUGCUGAGCGAUCCUGGAUGUCCCAUGGUGUCCUUGCGGAGCGAUCCUGCACUCGUCUUCUAGGGAUAUGUAGGGAUCAUUGGGAGACCCGGAGACUGUGACACCGGUC